AUUCUCCCUCCUCCCCUCAGAAAUACGUUUUUACUUCACUCCCCUCAGAAAUACAUUCUUACGCACUCCCUUCCAGUUGGAAAUACAGUUCCCUCUCCCCCCCCCCUUGGAAACAUUACCCUAAACUGGCGACCAGGAUUUGGGGCGGAAGCUGUUGCAUAAACUGAUUUGAAGGGGGUGUGGAGAAGGCCGUGCCUGCAUUAUGAUACGAGCGCUGUCUCCCAGCAACCGAGUGCGAAAGGGGUUUAAGAGUUGCCGGCGCUGCAGGAGGCUCCGAAUGUCUGAAGUUAGUAAAGCGGGUGGCCGUGAAUUUCCACGGGACCUCCUUCCCGUGAGCGUGUCUUUCGCCUUGAUGGUGGCUGGAUCCGCCCUGGGAGCCCUGGCCGGGACGCCGCCGUCUUCGAUCCCUGCAGUUGUACCCAGUGGAUGCUGUGCGGAUCUCCCGGAUGAGGUUGGCCUCUGUCCUCAAAGCAGCCUUUGUCAUUCAGACUGUUACAGACAUUGGUUCAAGAAUGGCAGCUCCACCUGCAUUAGGUGUGUGAACGGGACGUCAGUACUUUCAUCAGCCAAUCAGACAGCGUGCAUUAACUUGCAUUUCAGCUACAAAGGAAAAGUAUCAAACGACACCACUAUGGGCCCAACCAUCCUUAAAAUUGGGGGACCAGAAAUUGCUGCCUCGGUGUGUCUGGGAACACUCGUUAUCAGUUCUCUCUUAAUUUUGUCCGUGGCUGCUUUUUUCUACCUCAAACGGUCGAAGAAGCUCCCGUUUUUGUUUUACCAACAAGGCAAAGGUGACUCACUGGCACGUGUUUGUGUAUAUUUAUUCAAUGUGCUGCUGAGAUUCCAUACUUCAGCCAAGUGAGAUGGCAGAAAUGAUGAGGAGUUCCGUUCGAUCAGUCAGAAAGCAGAGAUAUUCCAGAAGGGAGCGCAUGUCUGCGUCUACGGCCUCGGCUGCCACUGUCAGCGACAUUUGACCUCUGCCCAGCACCGACCCCGUGUGCUGGAGAUGUGUGCGUUAUUUAAAGGUUGGCUCUAGGGAGGGACUCAUUGCCAUUCAUGGACACCAGUGUUAGGUUAGAAGACUUGUGCAACUGGCGGCCACAACAGGUCUGAGGUGGAUACCGGUCCAAAGUGACUGAAGUAGAAAUGCGUAUGAGCAGGUACCAGGUGGAAAUUGGAUGCUAUUUUAAUUUCCAGGACUUCUGAUGUUCGCUGGAAAUACAAAGGGCGUUGUCAGUGUGUGAGAGAGAGUGACAGCUUCUUCCCCGGAUGUCUUUCCACCUGUUGGUUGCCGUCUAGAGAAACUGACCUGCUUUCUCCUCCUUACUGGCCUGUCACCCCCACUGGGACAUAGGCCACCGACGACAGGGUAGAUGACUGUGACGAACUGGGCCAGUCUUUCAACUUGUCCACAGGUGUAGCCCAUCUUCGAAGAUCCUUCCUCUUUCAGGGAUGAAGUCUUUGGAGCUUCUGUUGGUGUUUCUGUAGAUCUGGGUCCCACGUCCAGCCCUCCUCCUUUUGCAGCCAGGCUUGGGGCUGUGUAUGGUGGGGUUUCCUCUUCAUUGCUGUACAUCAGACUGGAAGGAAGUCUGCAUUCCUCUCCUCUUGUAGAAGCUGAUAUUUUAUUCUGGCCUCAACGAAGCCCUUUAGUUUGAAGUCAUCAGUCUUAUGAGUUUAGAUUCAUCUGCUGUGCCCGACAGUUGCUUGUAGGCUCUAACCAAGUUCUGCUUCCACCGAGGACGGGCAGCUGAACGCAGUGGCCCCAGCUUCUGUUGGUCAACACUUUUGUGCCCGAGCCCAAGUGGACGUUGGAGAUGGUAACUGAAGCUUGGGUUUUCAGGCUGACCUCUCGUCAGCUUCCAAGCCUGUCCAUUGUAUUGGGCGGAGAGGAACGUAUGGAUAACAAGUCCAUGUAACUUCUAGCUAGUACUGGAUAGUGUUCGAUGUAUAUAUUAAAAAGAUAAAAUAAAAUAAAUAUUUCCUUACUGUUCUCUCUAUUUUGUACUUUGGAGCAUUUAUUGAAUUUUUUAAGGAAGAAUAGCAAGA